AUGACUAGUUUUUUGAGAAGUAUUUUACCUGGUUCAACUUCGACAUCGAGAAGUAAUGAUUGUGAUGAGGAUUAUAGUGCGGAAUACUCCUUUGCCAUGGAGUACAGUGGUCCUCCACUCAAUCAGGAUAUUCCUCAGGUGGUUCCGAUUGACGUUCGCCGGAUUCCGACCGCGGCCGUGGAGGCUAAGAUUGGGGAUGAAAACUCUAGCAGUUCCGGCACAUUAGGGUUUUCUGAAAGCCGCGAUGAUUCGAAUCAGUUAUCAGGAAGCUCCGAUAUCGAGGAUAUAGAUGACGACGUCAAGGCCGGAGUAGAUAACAAUUACGGUAAAUUAACAGUGGAUUCGCCGGAAAUUUCAUCCUCCGAUGGAGUGGAUCUGGAAGGUUGUAAAGAUGAAGCUGAAGCCCCUGGCCUUCGCAUUAGACCACCAAUAGUGGAUUUUCAUGAAUUUACUCAAAGUGGCAUAACUUCUGAUGAAAGUGAUCACGACCCGCAGGUAGUCUUUCCGGAGAGGCCGGUGGUACCGGACGAGGUAAAAGGCUUGUGCCACCGAUGCAACAGCAGGAGCCGGUUCUCGGACAAGGAAGUUUGCAUUGUUUGUGGAGCUAAGUAUUGCAGCAAGUGUGUGAUCAGAGCAAUGGGAUCAAUGCCGGAAGGGCGAAAAUGUAUUACUUGCAUUGGUUAUCGAAUUGAUGAGUCGAGGCGUGGAUCAUUAGGAAAAACUUCUCGACUGCUGAAGAGAAUCCUCGUUGAUGAAGCCAUUAAGCACAUUAUGAAAUCCGAGCUUUCUUGUGAAGUAAAUCAGUUACCGCCUCAUCUGGUUGUUGUAAAUGAUAAGCCACUUACUAUCGAGGAGUUGGUUUCCUUGCAAAGCUGCCCGAAUCCACCAAAGAAGCUGCGACCGGGAAGGUUUUGGUACGAUAAAGUAUCUGGAUUUUGGGGAAAGGUAGGAGAGAAACCAAGCCAGAUUAUCACCUCUCGACUUACUGUUGGUUACCAAAUUAGGCAAGAUGCUAGUAAUGGAAACACGAAGGUAUUGAUAAAUAGUCGGGAGAUCACAAAACCAGAGCUCCGAAUGUUGCAGGUUGCUGGAAUCCACUGUGAAGGGAACCCUUAUUUCUGGGUCACUGCAGAUGGAUCCUAUCAGCAUGAAGGUAUGAAUUACGUGAUGGGGAAAUUAUGGGAUAAGACAAGAGUGAAGGUAGUAUGUAAAGCACUAUCUUUGCCGUUUCCUUCUAAUGUUUCUAAUCACGGAGGAGAAGAACUUGCCAGUAACACCUAUGAAGUUAACUUAAAGAACUUAGAUCGGAAAACAAUUAAUAAAUUUCUCCUAGUCGGUGGUCAUCAGUCGGGAACAAGUACCAUAUUUAAACAGGCAAAAGUUCUGUAUGAUGUUCCUUUCUCAGAAGAUGAGCGUGAAAAUAUCAAAUUUUUAAUCCAAAGAAAUUUAUACAGUUAUAUUGGCAUCCUUCUUGAGGGGCGUGAACAGUUUGAAGAAGAUUAUUUCGUUGAAAUGAGGAGACGACAAGACAUUGCUCAACAUGAUAUUUCAGAGAUCUCUGAAGAGGUUGAUGAACAAAAUAUGUAUUCCAUUAGUCCAAGACUGAAAGCAUUCUCCGAUUGGCUUCUCCAAGUUAUGGUUUCAGGCAAUUUGGAGGCUGUUUUCCCAGGCGCUACUCAAGAGUACGCACCAUUAGUUGAGGAGUUGUGGAAGAACAAAACAUUUCAAGCCACGUACAAACGAAGAAAUGAACUGCAUAAGCUACCACAAAUGGCAAAUCAUUUCUUAGAUAGGGCUGUCGAAAUUUCAAGGAUUAACUAUGAGCCUUCGGACAUGGACAUCUUAUAUGCCGAGGGCAUCACUUCAUCGAAUGGGAUUGCAUCUAUGGAAUUCUCUUUUCCCAUUUCAUCUCAGGAUACAUACAUGGAAUCUGAUGAUCAGAGUGAUCCCUUAUUAAGGUACCAACUCAUUAGAGUUCACGAGAACAGCCUCGGAGGAAACUGCAAGUGGCUAGAGAUGUUUGAAGAUGUCGACCUUGUUAUGUUUUGUGUUUCCUUGACAAUUUACGAUGAAUUCUACGAAGACGUAACUGGAAUUCGCACAAACAAGAUGAUGGCAAGCAAGAAACUCUUUGAGAAAGUUGCCACACAUCCAUCCUUCGCCCAGAAAAAUUUCAUUCUCAUACUCAACAAGUUCGAUCUGCUGGAAGAAAAAAUCGAACAAGUUCCUCUAUCACAGUGCCACUGGUUUCAGGAUUUUAGUCCAGUGAUCAGCCUUCAUCCAUACAACGCCAACAGUAAUAACAACCCACCUUUAGCUCAACGUGCUUUCCACUAUGUUGCUGUGAAGUUCAGACAGCUUUUCACUUCCCUAACCGGGCGCAAGUUGUUUGUUGCCGCGGUUACAGGGCUGGAGCCUGAUAGUGUGGACAAAGCUCUUAGAUUUGGUCGGGAGGUUCUCAAGUGGGACGAGGAGAAACUUACCUUCAGUAUGAAUGAAGAUACUAUCGAGAGCAUAGAGGCUAGCACUACAUAA